AUGAUACGUAUUGCAAGAUCAAUCAGAGCCAAACCACUAUCUUCCAAGAUUCAAUACCGCUAUAUCACCAAAAUGACGUCACCUACUCACUCAAUUCCCCAACUGGAUCAAGAUCAAGCUGGACCUAUCAAUACAAAUGGUUCCCCCACAUCCACUCCUUCAUCAUCCACUAAACUUGCAUCAUUCCAGUCAUUUCUAGCAUCAACCCCACCAUUACCUAAACGUCCAUUAAUCUGGAUCGAUUGUGAAAUGACUGGACUCGACGUCCUAGGGGACGAUGUAAUCAUUGAAAUAUGUUGUAUAAUAACUGAUGAACAGUUAAACAUCGUUGGUGAUCAGGAAUAUGAAACUACCGUGUAUUGUCCAAAACUGAAAUUAGAUUCAAUGGAUGAAUGGUGUACUACGACCCAUACUAAAUCAGGACUCAUUGAUAAAGUUCUAGCUCACCCCGAGGCAACUACUGAUAAAAUUGAAACUGAAUUGUUAAAUUAUAUUCAAAGAUAUGUGACUAAACCUCGGGUUGGUGUCCUUGCUGGAAAUUCAAUCCAUAUGGAUAAGUUCUUCAUGAUGAAGCAGUUUCCCAAGGUCAUUGACUAUUUACAUUAUCGUGUAGUUGAUGUUUCUACAAUUAUGGAAUUUGGUCAACGUCAUGCACCUACAUUGAUGAGUUAUAGUCCUGGUAAAAAGGGGGCUCAUACUGCUAAAGCUGAUAUUUUGGAGAGUAUUGAACAGUUGAAAUGGUAUCGACAAUAUUAUUUUAAACUGGGGGCACAAAUUGAGAAUACGAUUAAAGAAUUAGAAGCAAAGGGUGUUGUUAAAAAGGAGAUGUAA